CAAGGCGGAAGUGGCGGCCGGGGGGGGGGUGCUCCGCACCGGCAGCGGCGGCCUGGCCGGCACCUUCCAGCUGAGGAUCUCAAAGCAUUCUAAAAAUAUGAGUGUAAACUUGCAACACCUUAUCCUAUUAUCCUGAGAUGAGGCAAAUCUGAGACACAGUGAAUAAGCAUCUGACCUUGACAACACCGCUGAGCACAGUGCUUAUUAGUGAGCGCCUCCUUGGCACUGAGCUGGUUACUAUGAGCUUGCUACAAAGUGAUAACAGCUGUGGAGCCAGAGAACUGGAGAGUGGUUGCUGUGCAGCCAUGGCCAGCGCAUGCAGCGCUGGAGCAAAAGAAGACAGUGCAAGUGUCAGCAGUGGGACUGGAAAUGCACCAAAUUCCUUCACGGAAGAGACCCAGGGAUAUGAUGUAGAGUUCGAUCCGCCCCUGGAAAGUAAAUACGAGUGUCCUAUCUGUUUGAUGGCUCUUCGGGAAGCAGUGCAGACACCAUGCGGACACCGCUUUUGCAAAGGCUGCAUUGUCAAAUCAAUAAGAGAUGCAGGUCACAAAUGUCCAGUAGACAAUGAAAUUCUACUUGAAAAUCAACUUUUCCCCGACAACUUUGCCAAGAGAGAAAUCCUCUCGCUAACAGUGAGAUGUCCCAACAAAGGGUGCCGUUUGAAGAUGGAGCUGAGACAUAUAGAGGAGCAUCAGUUACAGUGCAACUUUUCAUGUGUGGAAUGCCCACAGUGCCUGGGCUUCUUCCAGAAGAAUCAGAUGAAAGAGCACAUGACACAGGAAUGUCCACGGCGACAAGUCUGCUGUCCCAACUGUGCCACAUCUAUGGCUUAUGAAGAUAAAGAGCACCACGAACAGCACUGUCCACUGGCAAAUGUGUUUUGUGAAUAUUGUAAUACUAUGCUUAUUAGACAACAGAUGCCUAAUCAUUAUGAUAAUGACUGUCCUACAGCCCCAGUUCCGUGUACUUACAGUGCCUUUGGAUGUCCUGAAAAGAUGCAGAGAAAUGAAUUGGCACGCCACAUGCAGGAAUUUACUCAGGUUCACAUGAGAAUGAUGGCUCAGACUCUCCGAAGUAUCAGUAUGACUGCCACAGUUCCUGUAUCCUUCUCCAAUGGCCCAUCCUUUGAGCCAGCCCUUUUCUCCCACCCUUCAUCUUCUCCAUAUGAGUGCAACCCGGAAGUAGAGAAUUUCAAGGAGACCAUUCAGCAGUUGGAAGGUCGCUUGGUAAGACAAGAUCACCAAAUCAGAGAGCUGAUUGCUAAAAUGGAAACUCAGAGUAUUAACAUGGUUGAGCUCAAACGUACUAUCCGAAACCUAGAGGGGAAAGUUGCUGAAAUGGAGGCACAGCAAUGUAAUGGCAUUUAUAUCUGGAAGAUUGAGAAUUUCUCUUCACUUCUGAAAGCCCAAGAAGAAGAAAGGCCUGUUGUGACACACAGCCCUGGCUUCUACACUGGAAAACCUGGCUACAAACUGUGUUUGCGUCUGCAUAUCCAGCUACCAAAUGCUCAGCGUUGUGCUAACUUUAUAUCCCUUUUUGUCCAUACUAUGCAAGGGGAAUACGACAGCUAUCUGCCUUGGCCAUUCCAGGGCACCAUACGGCUUUCUAUUCUGGAUCAAUCAGAAGGACCUGAAAGGCUGAAUCAUGAAGAAGUAAUGGAAGCCAAACCUGAGCUGCUAGCCUUCCAGAGACCAACAAUCCACCGCAACCCAAAGGGUUUUGGUUACGUGACUUUCAUGCACCUGCAAGCUCUGAAACAAAGAACCUUUGUAAAAGAUGAUACUCUACUUGUGCGCUGUGAAGUUGUAACACGAUUAGAUUUUAACAGUCUCCGGAGGGAGGGAUUUCAGCCUCGUAGUACUGAUGGUGUGGUGUAGUCUGUACCUUAACCAAAAGAGUUCUGUUUCCCUUCCACAACAGACUAUAGCAGGCUUGUCCAACAUACGGUCCGCAGGCUACCAUGUAGCCCGCCAGGCCAUUUUAUCUGGCCCAAGGGAGGCAGCAGCGGCCCGCGGUGCCGCAACGAGGCAGGCAGCAGCGGCCUGCAGCGAGGCAGGCAGCGGUGGUCCGCGGCAAGGCAGACAGGGGAGGGGAGCUGCUUACCCCCGCAGGGCCCAGGGGAGCAGUUCCGCGUGGGAGGCCAAGCAGCGGCCGUUGACACUGCUGGCUCGCGCUUGCCUCCCCAUAUGCCUGCUUCAAGCCAGCCCCACUGCCCUGCCCUGCCUCACAGCAAGGCGGCGCCUCCUCCCCCGGUCAGUCUCCCCCUUGGAGCUGCAGCCCUCUGAGCCCGGCCGCCCACGCACGAGGCCCUGAGGGGGCUGCUUCUCACAUGCUGCUGGGCACAGAAGGAGCCCAGCCGGGUCUGCACGGGCCAGCAGAAGCGCUGGCGGAGCCGUGUGCCACUCGGGAUGGGACGAGCCUGCACCGGUCAGUCCCCAGCAGCACACAGCUCCGCUGCCGCUUCUGCUGGCUGGUGCAGACCUGGCCGGCCUCCUCCCGUCCCCAGCAGCACGUAGGAAGCCUGCUUCAGCUGCAUGCUGCUUUUCCUGGCCAGUGCCGACCCGGUUCUGCCCAGGCGGGUCCUGCAGCACCAUGUCAACCUGGGCAUGGCACUGGCAGGCCAAGCGGGCCCCAAGUUAACCCCGGCCUGGCCCUGCGGCUUCUCCAGCACCAGGUCAACCCAGUUGUAGCCAAGCGGCUCCUGCAGCACCAUGUUAACCUGGGCAUGCAUGCCAUGUCAACUAGCACCAUGUCAACCUCUGCAACUUCAUUGGUGUCAAAGGUCACAUGACAUCACUUCCUGAUAUACCACUUCCUGUGAUGUCUUUGAAUAUGGCUCGCCAGCCCACUGGGUGAUAAAAAGUUCAUGAUCCAGCCCCACAUUCAAAAAGGUUGGACACCCCUGGUCUAUAGGGACAAAACAUAUGGUCAAAGAGAUUUUCCAGUAAUGUAAAAAAACGUCAUGAGAAGACUUUAUGACUGAAACAGUGUCUCUCUACAGGACAGCAUGGUUGUUUUUUUGCCCAAUAGAACCUGUUUGACUUUCAUAUUAGAUUCCAUUCCCACUACCCUCUUGAUAUGUCAUGUCUAACUACUUGCAAUUGUUCUUUAUUAACCUAUUAAGCUAACUGAAUGGAGCAAGGAUACAUUUUCAAACUUAAAACUUCUGCAGAGGAAUUUCAUUAAAUGCUUUUUGCCAUGAGGAAAAUGGGUCUGCUGACUGGUGGUGGUGAUGGUAGAAAUACUUGCUCCUAGACGCCUAGGUGAUACAUGUUACAUAUACAGCCUGUAGAGAGCAUCCUAAACUAUUAAAGCAAGCCCUGUUUUGCUACAGACCUUAAGAGAGAUUUUACCAUGGAGUUCAAACAGUUUCUGAAUUGACAUAAAAUCCAAAUGGCAAGAAUAAAGGAAGGAAAGGCUAAAACUUCAGCUUAUAGCUUAGCAAGGGAAUUGACCAUGCUCUUCUUGGAAUCUGAGGUGAGGUUAGUAUUUGGCCCGCACAGCAUCUAGGUAAGACAAGAGAGAUCUGCCUUCUCCAUUCCUGGAAAAUACCAGUUAACGUUUGGUAUAGAUGCUUGGAUGUCUGAGAAAUUAUGCUAUUCAGAAAUCCUUCCUCCUGCCAAGGCUAGUGAGUGUUUUAAUAUUCAAACCUGGCGAUAAUGACAACAGAGUGGAGUUAAAUAGGAAUCCAAGUACAACAUCUUAUGCAGUACUGCCCUAGAGAAGAAUAAGAGAUUUUUGUUUCUGCUGGAUGUUCUGAGCUCACUGAAGCCAAGACUUCCAGACUUCUCUAUCAGUUUCUUAGCCUUUUGUUAAUUAGUUAAUUUUGUCAGUCUUUUGUAAACACGUGGCUGACAUUCUUGUUCCAAGCUACAUUAAAGUGCUGAUGGACAGGUUGGCUCAUUAUGACUAUAGGCCAUUUUUUCUGUGGUGUUAGGAGCUCAUCCUAAUGCCAAAUAUGUUUUUUGUGUUUUGACUACACGAGUGUAUGAAGAGGAGGGAGCUAUAUUCUGAGUGGUUUAAAAAGUUUUUCCCUUGAUCACACAUGACAUGCACCCAAUUUAAACCAAAGAUCUAAAAUCAUUCCUAUGCAGGUGGCACAAAGUGCCUUAGUGAACAUGUAAUGAAUGGCUGGUUCAUUCACUAGUUCUCAGUAGAUAGUUGCCCAUUCAACAAGUAACAGUUGCAUUUGACUCUGAUUAGACAGUGUUCCUGGACAUAGCCAAGUCCUACUUGCUUCCCAAAAAAGAGGAGGUUUGUAGUCUCCUAAUACUACUGUGCGGGGAAGCUUACUUGUUCACAGAAUAAACUACCAAAUUCUGGCAUCCAUAGUAAAACAUUUCAUAAACACUACAUUCAUUAAAAGUCCCGAGAAAAACCCAUUAUCUAGGUUCAGUACUGAUUUUUCUGAAUGCUGUAUGAAUUAUUUAUCUUAAGCAGUCAAAGUCUUUAAGUUCUCUGGUGCUAAUGGAGUUUAACAUUUUACAGAAACUUACCAGUUUCAUAGUCUUAGACUUGUUAUCCGUACAUGCUUCUAUAGGUUUAAGAAAAAAAACAAAAAUUUUUUUCUUUUUCUUCUGAAGACUGUGUAAACAGUUGGACAAUAUGAGGCAAAAGACAGACUUAAACUGUACUUAAACCCAUAUCUCCAAUCAGCUCAGGAUAUACUUUUCCAAGUGCAGUCUGACCGAGUCACUAAUUAUGCAGAUCCUGGUAAGGGUAACUUAAAUACUGGGUGUUUUCUAAGCAACACCCCCCCUCCCCCCCCCCCCCCCAAAAAAAAAAAGCCCACACUGGAAAGGAAAGUCAGUUAAUGUACAAUAACCCCAGUAGGGUAAGACGUGCUAUAUUAUCACAACUUAUGUUUUGCCUGUUUCUCUAAGAUCAUAAUUGUGAAAUGCCAUGGCAGAGCAUUGAGUUCAUGGUGUCUCAAUGAAAUAAAACAUGGUAGUAAUUGGAACCUACCAGUGGUAGAGGAACACUGGUGUAGCCACUCGGUGGCUGUACUCUUCAAACAUAGACACUCUUGACAAUUGGAGUACUGGUGAGUAUUGUACACAGUCAACUUGUUUGAGUCUGUAUUGAAGGGAGUGUGCUAUUUAACUGUAUUUGUUUGUUAUUUAUGUAGGGGUCUUUUGUAUUUAAAUGGAUGACCUCCCCUCUGAAUUCCUGUUAAGAAGUUUGGCUGGGUAGGGUGAAUGGGGCCAAACUAGAUAGUAUGUAAAGCAGCUGGUGAUGUAAAGCAGCUGCAUUAUCACUUGCACAGUAUUUUAAGACAUAUUCGUUUUCUCCCCUUAGAACUGUCCUCCGUGUCCUAGUACAGAUUUCUCUCCCUUUUCCCAACUAUCAUUUAUAGAGUCAUACAUUUUUGGAGAUGAGGAGAGAGGGAAAUUUUGAACAGAUUUUUGGUACCUUGUCCUUCCAUUUUCCCCUUUGUUUGAUAACCUUAGCUGUGAUUUAAAGUAUCAAUGCCUGUGCCUCUUAUUAUAGCAGUCUUUAUGGAGUUUGUUUAACACAUCUACCAGUUUAUAAUCCAAGGUCUGUAAAGUCUCCUUACACUAUCCUUUUAAAUCUGGUGAGAGAGUCUUACAAAAGUUCUUGUAUUUACAAGUAUAAUAAGCUGAUUUUUAAAAUAUUCUACUUUUUGACCUAAGAAAUAUACAUCUUGGUGAUAGUUCUCUUAAAUAUGUAAGAUUUUAUUAUUUAAAUUGGAAUAGUAUUGUAAAUGACAAAGCCUAAUAGAAGUAGGAAAUAUGGUGCGUGUGACACAUUAUACUCUGCCCGUGGAUCAUUAACACUGCUGAUAUUGUACUUUCUGCGUAUUUAAAGUUUCUAAUGUAGAGUUUAAACUCAGUACAGGACUGAUGCAACCACAAAGAAAGCUUACAUGGGAGACAUUCAGAGCUGAUACCCUUAAACAAGUCAGAUUACUUCUUUUAAUCAUCUUUAGUUGCUAAUACAGAAUUAACUCAUCCGAUUGACUUUUACAAAUGCUCUAGCUGCAGUUCUAGAAUUGUUUUUGCAUGUCACGCAUGAUAAUGUAAGUUCAGUUUGUGGAUCGAAAUUAAUACAAUUUAAGUGCUAAACUACUCAGUUGCCAUCUCAGAUAUAUCUUGAUUGUGAAAUGUCAUUUAUUUAACUGUUUUGAGAUUGUUAUUGUUGAAGAAGUGAGAACUCUGUGCUGAGGUGUAUAGUGUUUGUGCAGCCGUGCUACCCUACCAGAAUCUAACUUUUCUUUUGAGAAAUCAUUUAUGCUGUGAUGAAUAGAAUCAAACAUGAGAGAUUGAGGACCAGAAGCAGAAGAGCUUGUGCACCACAACUGCCGCAAACUUAUAAAAAAUUCUGGAAUAAAGCUCAUCUAAAUCAAAUGCGAAGCAACGUGUUGACUGCCCUAGUUUGCAGCUUCACUCUUUGUGACACAAAGUCAAUGUAGGCUUUGUGACACAACGUUCUCUAUUUAUGAUCAUCUUGGCAUAUUACAGUAUUGUAAAUAUAUCAGAUCUUAUGAUUUUAGAAGCAGGUUUUAAUUUCCUUUUCCUUUAAAUGUCUGUUGUCUCUCUAAAGACCUGAAGUAUAUUUAUAAAUUCAAACAGCCAUAAUGUGUGUUACACAUGCGUGCUUGCCAUGUUGCUGCUGUCUGCAUUUUCCAGUAUAAUGUAUUGCAAAUGCAGCUUUCUUUUUGCCUCUCAAGGUGUCGCCCUGCAGGGUGGGAAGCAGGGGCAGUUACCAGUGCUAUAUAUGUAUGUGUAUAUAUGGUCAUAACUGUAAGAUGGAAAGACUCCUUCCAUUGGCUGCCUAUAAACCCAAUGGUCCUGUUUCCUGAGGGAUUUAAAUUUGGUAUUAAAUAAGAUGAGGGUAGCCUUUUGGUUUUGAUUAUAUUACAUACUGUUUAUGAUAAAAUAUACUGAUACUCUGGUGCAGAAUAAUAGUUGGUGUUAUGAUCUGUCAUGUUUGAAUGCAAAUCAUUAUGUAUGUGCUCCUGGUUUCCUAGAAGUGUUGAUAGAUUGAUGUUUAAUAUAUUUUAUAACUAAUGCACAGCCAUAUUUCUGACCAAUAUUUUUAAAUAAACUAAACUUUUGCAGUAAAA